ACUCCUCCAUUUCCAUCAGUAUACCUCUUUCGCAGAGACAUUGAAGAUCCCGGUCUGAAUUCAUCCUGCUAUGGUCUUUCAAUCUUCUCCUGGCAACGUUUUGGCGCCCACGCUCCAGCUCGCACCCGCCCCCUCCACAGCGCCCGUGUACCUGCAGUUGCUUAAAAACGAACCGUGUGUGUACCAAACUCAGGUGCCCAACGCGGCCAGCUUGUCGCCGGUAGCAUUGGGUGCGGCAUACGUGAGUAAGACUAUCGAAGUCGACAGCAACUCACCACAGUUGUACGCGGACCAGGCCAGUUUCGACAAGUACAACUUCCUCAACCAGCAGCUGACAGGUGUGUCACGGUUCCUGAAAACGCGGUCCGUGAGCCUUCCAGAUAAGUUGUAUGAGGAAUUCAACUCUACCGAAGUGUCCACCAAGAUGGGGCUUUUCCCCGAGAUCAAUCGCGCAUGGGUCAUUGUCGACAACAAGUUGAACCUCUGGAACUACGACGAGCCGGCCGCCGCAAGCAUCACGUCCAUUGACGACAUCCCUUAUACGAUCCUUGCAGUCGCAGUAGUCACGCCGAAGCCGCGGGUGUUUGUCGCGGACAUCUCGCACCUCUUGGUGGUGUCCACACCUAUUGACAUCUACAUCUUCCUCGUGAAGUAUUCCGCCACAACGAAUGCAGUUGAGGUAUUCAACGCGGAAAUGGCCGUACCGGCGCAGGGCCUUGCAAUCAACCGCAUUGUGCAGCAUGCUGCGACGCGCGACAUCUACAUGGCAGGUGAGGGUGACGGCUGCAACGUGUGGCGCUUGGAGUACUCCAACAAGGAGGACUGGUUCAAUAGCAAGUGCUCCAAGACAUGCUUGACGCGCCUGGGCUUCACGGGCAUGGUGCUUCCCGGUGGCGGCAUGUUGAAGAAGAUUCCGGGACUCCACUACCUCACAGCUGACCCCCAGGAGAUUGUUGCAACAACCUCCUCUGAGACCAUCAUCCAGAUGGAGAUCGAUCAGUCGCGCGGCAUCUUGUACACGCUCUCGUCGCUGUCGAUCAUCCGUGCGUACCGUUUGGUCGACGGCAAGCUCGGUGCGAAGCAGACAAUCUCGCCUCGCGCGAUCAUUAACGACCUCUCCACGACGAUCGGCAACCUCCAUCAGAUCGAGACCUUGCGUGCAAAUGCGUUUAAGCUCGUGGGUAUCCACUUUGUCGCGAGCCAAGAGCGCGGCAACUUGUACCUCGUGGCAGUCACCAGUUUUGGUUUGCGCAUCUACAUCAACGGGUCGAUGUUCUCCACAGGCUUGGCCCUAAAGACCGCGCGCGUCAAGUUUCCGCCGUCCAAGACAGCCCUCCACGACGACGAGAAGGAAUACAUGCGCCAGUUGGUGCACAACCAGCAGCACUCCACAUUGUUGAAGAACACUAAGCUCACGCAGAUGAUCGCGCCUGGCUGUUUCGUGGCCGUUAAAGCGACCAAGAACUAUGAUAAGUUGUUUGUCAGCAUUCCCAACUACGGUUUCUUGAAGAAGACGGCCGAGUUUCUCGAGGACUGUGAGUUUCUCCUCGACAGUGGCGACCUCGGCAGUGGCUGCUUCAUCAACGAUGUCGUGGUCACGCAGCCGUUUGCUCUGGAAAGCGCUAAUGUCUAUGCCAGCCAGUACCUCCAUGACAGCAUGGAGUUUGCGGUGCUCACCAACAUGGGCGUGAACUUCUUCCGGUACCGCACACCUGACGUGGUACUCCAGCACGCGUUACAGGCGGGUCCGGGGCCAGACCACCUCCAGAGCUUCAUGGAGCUCAACGGCAUGGAAGAGACGUGUUCCUCAUUAUUAUACCUCUCGUGCAAGAUUAUCGGUGGGGGAACGGGCUUUGAGAGCAGCACCGGGAGACCGACCGCGGCCUUCCGCCACCAGGUCCAGACACUCUUUGCCACGAGCGGGUUGAAUGCGCGCAUGCCCGUAAAGGCGCUCACCGCGACGCCCUUCAGCCGUCUCCCGGUGCCUAUGGCGUCACAGGCACCCCAGACCGUUGACCAGGUCAUCUUAAGUGACCGGUUCUACGGGAUAGUCCUCCUUGUCUCGCGGUUGUUCCGCGAGUACUGGCACCAGAAGGUGUUUGUGCCGCUCGAGAACAUCAAACUCGUGCUGAACGGCAUCCUCAAGGACUCCGUCAAGGAUGACGUGGUAAUCAAAAACCUCAACACAUCGCUUGAACAGUUGGAGUUCUUUAUCGGAUCGAUCCUCAUCCUCCUUGAGUUCUUUGAGCGCUUCGGUAACAGUAUCCCUGGCCUCAACGCGCCGCAGAUCGUCACCGACCCGUUCAACGCGCAGAGCGAGGUGUGCAUACGCGCCGAACACAUGGCGUUGACCGCACUUCUCAAGUUAUUGCACUCCAUGAAGGAGGCGUUAUCGUUCCUCAUGGUAUUAGUGGAGGAGACGCGCAACAACAAGCCGGAACACUUUAAGGAAAUCCUUCGGUUCAUGUCUGUGCAAAACCAGGUCAACCUCCUCGCGUUGACCUUCCGUGACUUUAUGGCGCCUGCAGGCGAUGACGUGCGUAACUUGAUCAAGGACUUGCUCUCUGCAAUCUUGAACAAGAACAUUUUGAAGGGCGGGUCGAUCGACCUCGUGGCGACGUCAUUACAGGAGAAGUGCGGCUCGUUCUGCUCGUCCAGCGAUGUGGUCAUCUUCAAGGCGAUCGAAAAGUUGACCAAGGCCAAGAGCAUCGGCGACCGCGACCCCGAGUUGAAGGUGAAGAACUUGACGGAGUCCGUAGCCUUGUUCGAGCAGUGCUCGGCGGCGCUCACAUUGGAAAACAUCGAGAAUGCCACUAACAUCAUGUUGGAGUUGGACUACCACCUGGGCGCCGUUCAGUUUGUGUUGAAUGCCGCGAACAAGAUCGACGUAGGGACAGAUCCGAAGAGCCUCGCGAAGCGCAGCCGCUUGUAUCGCGUCAUCUUCCACAUCUUGACCGAAGUGGACGGCCACGUCGCACGCGCGCACGACGCGAACGACCGCGCGCGUAUCGCCAAGUACGGUGCGCUCCGCGAGAGUACUUACGCUACCGCGUUUGCGUACCCGGACGAAAAGUUCCACGCCGAGUUUUAUGACUGGUUCCGCGACCAAGGCAUGGCUGACCGCUUCUUAGAUAUCGACACUGACUACAUCUUGCCGUACCUUGAAUUCCGCGCCAAGACCGACCGCGAGCUUGCGGAGUUGUUGUGGGCGUACUUUGCCAAGCGCGAAAACCAUUUUGAGGCCGCCAAGAUCUUGUAUUCGCUUGCUGUAUCGGACUUCCCGAUACCGUUGACCAGCAGAAUCGAGUAUCUCUCACGCGCGAACGGCUUCGUCAACUGCGUAUGUCCGCCGCACUUGCGCCAGCAGAUGGUGCUGUUGGGCGGGAUUGUGAACGAGUUAGCGGACGUGGCGUCGAUCCAGUUGGAUGCGUUGACCACGAUUGAGAGUGACGACCGUAUUUCCCUAUCAGUCAAGGCGGCCGCCAUCGCGGCGCUCAACCGCAAGGUCCUCAGCAUUUCCGAGAUUUUCAAUGCGUACGUUGACCCCUUGGGCUACUACGACUUGUGUCUCGUCAUCUUCAAGGCUUCCGACUACAAGAAUACCGACGAUAUUUUGAAGCGCUGGGAGUUAUUGUUCGAGAAGGUAGUAGCGGACUACCGCGCCAGCCCCGGUGCCAGCGAGCCACUUCACAUCAUUCUCGGGUCCUACUUCACCAGCAUGGGCCGCAAGGUGGCGGACCACGAGUUAGUGUUCCCCAUCGACGAGUUGUUCAAGUUGUUGACAAAAUACGUGUAUGGUGACGGCAGUGGGCCUGCCGGCUGCAUCGUAAACAUGUUUGUGGAGUCCGGUGUGGGCUAUGACAAGUUGUACUACGUGUUGCGCGACAUGGUCGAAAACAGUGUCGAGUGCUUCCCAGGCUACGGCCAGCGGUUGAGGGAUGAGAUGGUGUACUUGAUCAAGCAGUGGGUGCAUGGCGAUAAGCAUUUGCGAGGGGUUGUUGACGUGCGAGGGUUGGAGAAGUAUGAGAUUGAGACGGAUCCCAUUGCAUUGUACCUUGGAGAGUGAUUCUCCGGGGAAACCAAAGCUUUCUGACAAGAGAGUCAAAGAUUGGUCUUUAGCGGAGUUGCUUCUGAAGACUAUUCCUCCGUCUGUGGUGCCACUGGGGACCCAGAAGGUCACCCCAGUUAGAUCCUCUUUGAUGCUUCUUCUCUAUCUUUCUCCUUAGAUGCUUCUGAGAUAGAGAUUGUAGCCGAUGUUGCUCUAAAAAAAAACCUGUAAUAUAAAGCCUUUGGCUCAACUUAUGUACACUAAUGCAGCAUUAUGCAUGCCA